AUGUCUGGAGGCCAUAAACAUCGUUACAAGAACGCUGGACUGAGUGCAGAUGAGCUACGCCGACGCCGUGAAGAAGAAGGCGUACAAUUACGUAAGCAAAAAAGAGAGCAACAGCUUUUCAAACGAAGAAAUGUAAAUUUACCACAGCCAAAUGCACCUGAUAUUGCAUUACAGGAUGAUAUUAACAUUUCUACAUCUGAUGACAUCACACCACAAAUGGUGGCUGCAUUAUACAGUGACAAUCCUCAAGACCAAGUUAUGGCCACUCAGAAAUUUCGAAAGCUUUUGAGUCGAGAACCAAAUCCACCUAUUGAUGAAGUAAUACGAACUGGAAUCGUACCUAAAUUUGUUGAAUUUUUAUCUAAUACUGCGAAUCCAACAUUACAGUUCGAGGCGGCGUGGGCGUUGACGAACAUCGCGUCGGGCACUUCGGAGCAGACGCGCGUGGUGGUAGAGUGCGGCGCCGUGGCCGCGCUGGUGGCGCUCGUGGGCAGCGCUGGCGACGACGUGCGCGAGCAGGCCGUGUGGGCGCUCGGCAACGUGGCCGGCGACUCGCCGCGCUGCCGCGACGCCGUCCUGGCCGCCGGCGUGCUGCCGCCGCUCAUACAAAUCUUAAAUAAAUAUACAAGGUUGUCCAUGACAAGGAAUGCAGUGUGGACACUAUCAAAUCUUUGUAGAGGCAAAAAUCCUCCUACAAACUUUGAAGCUGUGGCACCUGGUAUUCCAGUAUUAGCCAGACUACUUCACCAUACUGACGCAGAUGUACUGAGUGAUGCUUGUUGGGCUCUCUCUUAUCUAUCCGAUGGACCAAAUGAAAAAAUUCAAGCUGUUAUUGAUGCCGGAGUUUGUAACAGGCUUGUUGAAUUACUAAUGCAUAACAAAUCAACAGUAGUGUCUGCAGCACUAAGAGCGGUGGGUAACAUUGUGACAGGCAACGACGCUCAGACACAGGCUGUACUCAACUGUAAUCCACUUCCUAGCUUACACGUGUUACUUCGGUCCAGCACCGAGGCAGUGAGGAAGGAGGCUUGCUGGACCUUAUCUAAUAUUACUGCAGGAAAUGCUCUACAGAUUCAGGCAGUAAUAGACGCGAACAUAUUCCCGACACUAAUCGAAAUAUUAAGGCAAGCAGAAUUCAAAACCAGGAAAGAAGCAGCGUGGGCGAUCACUAAUGCAACCAGUGGAGGCACUCAUGAGCAAAUUAGUUAUCUGGUUCAACAAGGUUGCAUACCGCCUUUAUGCGACCUGCUAACGUUAACGGACGCUAAGACUGUACAAGUAGCACUCAAUGGUCUCGACAAUAUAUUAAAGGCUGGGCAGCAAUCAGAACAACUUAACCCUUAUGCGGCGCUUAUCGAAGAGUGCUUUGGUUUAGACAAAAUAGAAUUCUUGCAAUCGCACGAGAAUCUCGACAUAUAUCAAAAGUCAUUCGAGAUAAUCGAGAAUUACUUCGGUUCUGAAGGAGAGGAUGGUCGUUUGGCGGCAGAAGUAUCCUCUACUACCGGACAGUAUCAGUUCAGUACCGACCAGUCUGUACCAAUGGGCGGUUUCCAGUUCUAA